UGGCCAACAAAAAUUGACACUGAAGGCCUAUCUAUAGAAACAUUUUUUCACAAUAUUUUCUUGAAAAUCCAACCGAGAUCAACCUCGUUGAUUCCUUUUCCCCAGAAUCGAAUUUGCUGAUCACAUAUUAGAUUCCUCACCACAAAACAUUUUUCUUUAUUUUCUAUAUUGGAUUGUCCCAGUUAGAAAACUGAGGUUUAAGAAGAAGAUAUGUUUUCUCUCCCGAGUUUCUAUGAACUCGGGACCUGUUCGGAUUCAUACGAUGUUGUCGGAAUGCUGAGUUCCCCGACAAACUCCGACAAUCCAAACCUCAGCCCAAGAUCCAUGGCCGAAGCCAAAGCCGUCGCCGCCAGCAUCAGCCACAAGGAAGCCGAGCGCCGCCGCCGCAAGCGCAUUAACGGCCACAUCGCCACCCUCAAAUCCAUCCUCCCCAACACUAUCAAGACAGACAAGGCCUCCCUUCUGGGAGAAGCCGUGCGGCGCGUGAAGGAGCUGAAGAAGACGGCGGCAGCGCAAGAGGAUUACCCGAGCGAGGCGGACGAGCUGAAGCUGUCGCAAUGCGAGAGCACGGGGCUGGUAAAGGCGGCAUUGUCGUGCGACGACAGGCCGGAGAUAAUCGUGGACAUGAUACAAGCGCUGAAGGCGGCCGAGGCGAAGGUGGUGAGGGCGGAGAUGGCGACCGUAGGAGGGCGGACGAAGAGCGUGCUGUGGGUGAGAGUCGGGGCCCAAAACGACGCCGGAUUAGGGGGGUUGAGGAGGGCGCUGAAAAUGGUCAUGGACAAGUCGACGAGUUCGGAGCAGUGUUUGCCGGGGAGCAAACGCCCACGUUACUAUCAUUUGUGAAGUUUUGUUCCUUUUUCGAAGGGACCACGGCUUGGACAUGUUGCUAUCAUGGAUUUGAACCAACAUCCUAUUCCUAUACAAAACAAUUCUGCUUUCUCUUUU